ACUAUGGUCAUGGCGGAGGGAACGGCAGUGCUGAGGCGGAACAGACCGGGUACCAAGGCUCAGUAUAUUCAACAAAACAUAAGGGCAGAUUGCUCCAAUAUCGACAAAAUUCUUGAACCACCUGAAGGCCAAGAUGAAGGUGUAUGGAAGUAUGAACAUUUAAGGCAGUUCUGUCUUGAGCUAAAUGGCCUUGCUGUCAAACUUCAGAGUGAGUGCCAUCCAGAUACAUGCACUCAGAUGACAGCAACUGAACAAUGGAUUUUUCUUUGUGCAGCUCAUAAAACUCCAAAAGAGUGUCCUGCUAUAGACUACACUAGGCAUACACUUGAUGGUGCUGCCUGCCUUCUGAAUAGCAAUAAAUAUUUUCCCAGCAGGGUUAGCAUAAAGGAAUCGUCUGUAGCAAAACUAGGAUCAGUAUGCCGUAGGAUUUAUAGAAUAUUUUCUCAUGCUUAUUUUCAUCACCGGCAGAUAUUUGAUGAAUAUGAAAAUGAAACAUUUUUGUGUCAUAGGUUUACUAAAUUUGUGAUGAAAUAUAAUUUGAUGUCCAAGGAUAACUUGAUUGUACCAAUUUUAGAAGAAGAAGUACAGAAUUCAGUUUCUGGAGAAAGUGAAGCAUGAAAGAAAUCAGAAAAAAAGUACUGGACACAUAAUUAGCAUUAAUUAUGUACUGUAUAUAUAUCAUUUUAGACACAUCAAUCAUGUACCCAUAUUAUAGCUUCUUUGUUUGGUAUAGGUUUUUGUAUGCUGUGUUGCCUUUUAAAGUGGGAAAUACUUUUUAAGUUAUUCAUGAGCUGUAUAUUCACUGGUGUGGCACUCAUGGUUUUUAAAUAAGAUUAGUGUUAUCUGUUUAUAAUGCCUGUUAAUAAAAGAAUUUACAGUUUGGUAAAAUUGCUGCUAAACAAUCAUUGGAUCACAAUCCUCAUCAAAUAAACCCAUCUAUAAAAAGAUGAGUGGGCUUGAAGUUUCACACAAGCCAUUUACUAAAGAAAUAGCAACUUUUUCCUUUGGUUUUAUCCCUGAGUUUAGAUAUUCUAGAA